UGCUUUUCGGUUAUCCCUCAUUCACAUGUUCCGCUUAAACAAAACAUUCCUUUUCCUUUCGUACAUCCUCCUAAAUAGUUGGAGCUAAUUCCAGGGAAAUAGCUGCUAGAGAAUAAUUCUUUGCAGAAUAUAAUGGAUAUGGCCUCAUAUAAACGUCAAAAGGUACCCAAAAGGGAACAAGCAUUCGAUGAAAUACGUAGGCUGGCCUAUAAGUUCGUGGGUAAAUCUGUACCAGAUGAUUUUCAAAACAUCAAAGAAGAACAUAGCAAUAACGAUGUCGGAAAGGAAUCAUUUGAAAACUCUCGUUUAAAAAUGGAGUUACUUAAUAAAAAGGAAUCGAAUAUUUUUAAGAAAAUCUUUGAGAAACGCCUAAAAUUGGCUGCAGUGCAGAAGGGCUUUGAGUUUCUGGAAGCCUAUAAGAUACAUCAAGUACUACUGGUAGUGGGCAGUAAAAAAAGUGGAAGGAGCACCCAAAUACCGCAGAUACUUUUGGAUGAGUAUAUUUUGAAUAACAAAGCAUCGGAGUGCCGAAUUGCUUGUGUACAAAUAAUGGCACACAAGGUGGAAACCAUGGCCAAAGAAGUAGCCCAUGAGCGGGACGAAGUUGUGGGAAAAUCAGUUGGAUAUCAAUCAAAGAGGGGACAUAUACCGCCACGUGAUAACGGUUCAAUUUUGUUUUGCACCGCUGGUAUGUUAUUUCAUAGAUUCAAGGACGAUCCGUUCUUGAAGAAAUUUUCGGCCAUAAUAUUGGAUGACAUGCAAGACAGAACUUUUGAAUACACGCAAGUCAUGCGGCUGUUGUCCAUUAUGUUACCUUUUCGCCGUGAUUUUAAAGUCAUUAUGUUAGCCUCCCAUCAGUGCAAGCGAAAAUUUGCAGAGUUUUUUAAACACUACGACAUCUUCAACAUAGAUGAAGGUGAUGAGGACAAAGUCAACAACGACUCAAUAUUGGAAAACGAUUUCAAGUCUCACGAUGGCCGAGCAAAUAAUUCGCCUAAAGUGGGAUCAACACCAUCAUCGGACUAUUUGGAUAACUGGAAUUUAAAAAACCCACAGGAACAUAAGUUUUCAUCAGCAGACAUAUCUGCCACAAUAUCGGAUAUUCUGGCAAGCAGGCGUUCAAUGAUGGAUGACAACAAUGUCGAUGACGACAAUGUCCUGGAGGGAAAAUGCAAGAAAAUGGAACAUGAAUAUAGAUGUUCCAUAGAAUUUCUUUCAUUAUAUAUAGACUCUGAUCUCCAAACGAUAUCAGAUUUGGAUAGGGCUUUGAUCAAUAGUAAUCGCAAAAAUAUAAUCAAAUUCGAAAGGAGGUAUCCUCAUUUGGCGGAUAAAAAAUCCGUCUUCAUUCUUGAAAAAACAGAUCUCAACUCUGUAUUUGCCUCGGCGUUGUCUCAAAACCAAAGCGCCACUGUAAGUAAAGCCGACACGUUCAAAAGCGGCUCCAGUUCGCGAACAUCCACAACAGCAGUUCAUGAUUUGUUAGCUAAUCGUAUGCAGCAAACACGUGAUGUGAGUUCAUUAAAAAAUGUAGAAACAAACGAAACACGCCGUUUCUCCGACGGCACAGCAGUUAAAAGAACUGUACCUUCAAAUGAAACCCCACAGUGCUCGAAGAAACAUAAAUCUGCGAAUCACGCUGUUCCAGAUUCUUAUAAUCUUCAAGUAGCUAUCAUCGAUAGGGCAGAUCUUGAUGGUAAUAUCUAUCCUGCCAAUUGGCUUGUGCUGGAAGAGAAGCUGCUCCAGGAGAUGAUAUCUGACAGAUGGUGUGAUGAAAUUAUAUCUUUUGAUGGCACUGAAUGGUCAGGCGGAGUGAAAGUCAUCAAAUGUGCCAAUGAGAAGUCAUUGGAGUUUCUUAAGGCUACUGUUACCGGUAUUGGCGAGCUUUGGCCGAGAGCACAACUCGAUGUGAUACCUCAAUCACAUUUGCCCAUACGAUCAUUCAUCAGCAUGUGGAUACCGCCCCCUGUACCCGCUACCAGACAUGUUUUCGAAUUACUGGGUAGGCAAAAUAAAGAUCUUGUAACAGAUAAUUGGCAAAUACUUUCGACCAUUCCCUGUGAAAAUGGAACAACAUUUCGACUUGCCAUCGAUGUCAUAUCUUUUAGGAGAUUACAAUCUUGUCAAGGUCGUGUCAGAUUUGGUUUUGGAUUUAUUACCAUUCAGCCAGAGUAAAUUAUCGAAUAAACAAUUAAAAUGUUACAAUUAAACUAAAAAAAAAUAAAGAUCUAAUCAUUUUCUUAACUAUUUUA